AGAAAUAAGGACAUCUUAUCCAGGGUAAUGAUCGGCGGUAAUGUUCUGUGGGGCCGCCUUUCUCUCUGUUCUUGUAACUCUUUCUUUCACUAAUGGCGGUGUUUGGAGGACACGCAGAAGAGUCUUCAAGGGAAAAUCUUGUCCGUGCAUCAGCAAAUAUAGAAGGAACCAGUCUGUAAAAGUGCAUAAAGCCCCUUAUUGUCGAUGCAAGGACUGUAAGACAACGAGUCCGUCGUGUGAAUAGAAUACAUGCGGCCUACUUUCACUUCUUUUGUCCCUUGUCAUCCUUUUAUUUCGUUUUUUUAGGGUGGGAGAGCAAGUUCUUGGGGCACAAUAUGUCAGAUUCAGUCUCUGCGAUCUCCAUUCACGAUGCUAGUGGAAGCAGCUAUAGCAACCUUCUAAAUGGAAAUCUCACGAUUCCGAGCUACCGUUUCCAAGAUUCAGUGACAAUGAGUUUGACACACGGAGAGAAUGUCAGCCUCAUUCAUGGUUACAGAGUGUCAAGCAAGCGGCCAGUGAUAGCGAAGCUAUCAACAAACACAACGCAACUUGAGCGUGAAUUUCACAUAAUGAGAAAACUUUAUCAACUCGCCCAUGGCCCAUCUUAUAUUGUGUGUCCGAUAGAGUAUCUCAACUUGACAACAGGCGUUGCCGUGGCAAUUUAUGCAGACGACGGCUACAAUUAUCUCAAGCACCGAUCCGCCGACGACCCGCCACAUGGUUACACUGCAAAGACUCCCACCGCCAGCAGCAAUAGACUAAACAGUAGAAGCGAAACAAGCAGCACUGAUGCCAAUAUACGAGAAUGGUUACAGUCGCGAUACAGCACGGCCAAUGAUUUAUCCCCGAGCACCAACGAACUGCCACCAGAAACGCUGGUGAUGAGAAAAUCUGCACCGACAUAUGACUUGAUUACUUUUUUGCGUUUUGCAAUCAAAGCCUGCGACGCUAUAGAGUUCAUUCAUCGCCAAAACUGCACACACGGCCAAAUCAAGUUGUCAAGUCUUCAAUGGGAAAGAACAGACGACAACAACGGUUUUGUGAAAGUGUGGAAUUUUGGAUCAGGAACGAGAGCCCUCGAUCUCAGCGCUGAAAAAUGGCGGAAAAUAGCAGCAAAUAAGGAGCUGACACAAAUGAUGCAAACUGCUUUAGUUUAUAUGAGCCCUGAGCAAACCGGCCGGACGACAUACACACCAGACCACCGUUCGGAUAUCUACUCUUUAGGAAUCUCUUUUUUUGUGUUGUUAACUGGUCAGAGCCCUUUCGAGGGCGGACCUCUGGAAAUUCUUAAUGGUAUACUGAGUCGCAAGGUGCCAUUGAUCCAUGAAGUUCAGCAAGGGGUACCUGAGGUAAUCUCACAGAUUGUUGAGAAAAUGACAAACAAGACCCCCGGUGAUCGAUACAGUAGUGCUCAUGGUCUACGAUCAGAUUUAAAAGAAUGCCUGAAACGCAUACUCGAAAGCACAAGAGAUGGAAAUCACAUCAACUUUAAGGCGAUUGAAGAAUUCACACUCGCUCAACACGACAUUGCAUCAGUGUUUACCUUACCGAAAACCGUAUAUGGUCGACGGUCUGUGAUCUCGCAGAUGAAUACCCUUAUUGACGAUUUCGUUAAUACGUACGUGCCGAAUCGAAUACUGCGCAGCCACGACCGGCCUGCCCAAACUGCGAAUUCGAUUUCCACUGGUGGAUACCAUGUGAGCACAAUCAGUAGCAUAGCGGAUACUCUGAGCGACUCCUCGCGGCGCGAUGAUUGCAACAAUAGCGUGCGUUCCAACUCUUCUCCAAGCUUUGUAAGCGGCGUAGACGAGAGCGAGACGUCGAGUGCCAUACAAAGAGGAAGUUAUACAGACAAAAACGGGACAAGACAGAAAACUUCAACUGUCGUCGUAAGUCUUUACGGUCCAGGUGGUAUAGGUAAAUCCACAAUGUUUAGUGCAGUGCAGGCUACUGCCAGACAGCAUGGUUACAUUGCCGCAAGCAAGUUUGACUCCAGAAACAAGGUUCCGUACAGCUGCGUUCUCAAGUCGCUAUCCCAAAUAUUGCAACAAAUUCUGAGCGAAUCGGAAGAGGACAUUAAGCUCUUUCAUGAACACCUCAAAGUUCACCUUGGAGCACAAUUUUGUAAUGUGUCACUACUAAAUGAUUUCGUUCCUGAGCUGCGUUCUCUUUUGGAUCCUACCUCUUCCACAUUACAGAAGAACGACGUGGAUUCGGCGGACGAUGAAAUACACAUGGACAACGUCGAGACGCAGGCGCGCUUUCAAAAUCUUUUUAUCGGUGUUUUCCGUGCUAUCAGUAACUGGUGCAUGACAACGCUUUUUUUGGAUGACCUCCAUCAAGCAGACGACCAUUCGCUGGAGCUUCUUGAAUCUUUGAUGAGAUCUAGGAUAAAUAUCCUCAUUUUCAUAUCUUACCGCGAUCAAGAAGUGACUCCAAUGCUCGGUGAAGUACUUGAAAAUGGCGCAUCCUUUAUCCAAUUUAUUAGCGUUGAGCCACUUGAUAUGGAAUCGACGAUCGACUUUCUAUGUGAUACGCUUCAUCGACCCAGAGACGUUAGGCGGGAGUAUUUGGUACCGCUGGCAGAGUUUGUUCUGAAGAAAACAAAUGGAAACGCGUUUUACACGGCCCAGCUACUGCAGGCGCUCGACCGAAAGAAGCUUAUAUUUUUUGACUGGCAAAAAAACGAAUGGGAUUACAAUCUGGCGGAAAUCAAAGAAGCCACGACCUACAGCAAUGAGUCAGAUACCCAACUGGAUGUUUCAUUUAUGGUUGCACGCUUGCGAGAGCUACCUGUUGAAAGUCAAUCUUUGCUCAAGUGGGCUUCCUUCAUCGGUGAUACUUUCUCGUGGACCACAGUCAAAGAGCUUAUGCUAAGCUCCGACGUAAUGGACGAGCAAAGCGACAUCAGCAGUGAUAUUGAAAGCGAGUGCUCGCUUGUUGAUGACACAGCAUCCGAAGACACGGCACGAGAAACGACGAGCAGUAGCCGCGAUCACAAAACAAAGCGUCAUCAUCGCCCAUCCUUGGUGCGUACCAGCACUGCUAUCCCUUUAUGCGGUAGUCAAAAGUCAUCCUUCGUCAAUGAUCCUAUGAUUGGAUUGCAGGCGGUUCUCCAAGAAGGUUAUAUCAUGCCAAUUGGACCGGAGGACUUUAAAUGGGCCCAUGACCGAAUUGCUCAAGCUGCUGGCGAGCUUGCUGGUGCCAGAACACGCAGCAAGAUUCACCUAGCUGUUGCUCAGCAUAUCAUGAAAGAGCAAAUUGUUGAUAGUUUCCUGGCUGCCGAUCAUCUGAUUAAAUGCUUUGAGUUGUUGACAACAAUUCAAGACAAAGAGCCAUAUCGUCGCCUUUUAAUCGAGGCUGGAAACAAGGGACGUUCAUCUGGCGCCCAUGGCAUGGCGUUUACAUAUUAUAGUGCUGCUAUUGAACUGGGUGAUCCCGCACAUGAAUGGGAAGGCAGUAACUACACAACUACCUUACAUCUCUAUACGAAUGCGGUUGCAUUAUCAUGGGUGGUUGGCCAAAACGAGCAAACAGAAGAGCUGCUCAAAGUUGUUUUUAAAAACGCACGUACAUCUAUCGAUCGUUUGACUGCCUUCCGAAUGCAGGCCAAAUACUACUUUGGAAUCCAGCAACAUGAUAAAGGACGAGGAGCGUUGCACCAAUGCUUAAAGGAUCUCGGUGAAGAAUACCAUGAUAAUUUGACGGAGGAAAGUCUCAAGCGGGAGUUUGACGAAGCAGAACAAAUGGUCGGAGCCAUUGGGAGAGAGCAGGUUGUAAAUAUGAAACCGUGCGAUGAUCCUUCGCUUAGAGGGAUUAUGAGCGUUUUGGAAGAGCUCUGUACUGUUGCGUAUUGGGGAGGCAAUAAGCCAGAAAUGUAUUAUUGUGCCAUCCGAAUCAUUAGAAUGUCCCUUGAAAAUGGAGUGUCUCCAGUCUUUACCAUCGGCUGCAAUUUUGCAGGCAUAGGCUAUUCGACAUUGUACAAAAAAUUCAGCUUUGCAGAGGAAAUUGGUUCUAUUGGCUUGCAACUGGCAGACAAACACAGCGGCAUAUACGAAAAAGGACGCGCUUAUUUACAAUACUCAGUAUUUGUUACCCAAUGGAAAUACCAUCAACGUGAAUGCCUCAAGUAUUUCACUGCGGGCAUGAACUUAUCCCUAUCUGCUGGUGAUCGGAUCUACGUCGCCUUCCACCAAACUCAUCGUCUUGUCAUCCUCUUUUGCCUAAACAACAAUAUUGCCGAUACACUCCGUGAAGCUGAAAGCAACUAUGACGAUAUUCACACUUGGUCAUCAUCCGUCGACACAAAUAUGUUUGCAAUGUGUAUCAUACGAGUUUGCAAAGCAUUACAAGGACACACCUAUAUACAUACACCCGAUGUCUUUGACGGUGACGAUGGCUUCAAUAACGAGCACUAUGUCAAAGAGAGCUGUAAACAAAGCUCAAACCCAGAACUCAUAUUGAACUGGUACGAUACGUUUUACAUCAUUGCGCAGACAUUGUAUGGGCACACAGACUCUGCGAUUGCUACAGGAUACAAGACCGUCAACGUUGUGGAUGAUCACCCUUGUCAUCGACAUGCACGGAUAUACCUACACUAUUUCUCGCUGGCGUUGAUGGACAGAUUACAUCAACAAGAGGAUGAUAAGCAACUUGAGCCCGCAGAGCGUAAGAAAUAUCUCAAGCAAGUGCACGAGAACCAAGUGAAGGUGCACGAAUAUGCCAGACACAGUCGCAUAAACUACAUCAUGUUCUGGACACUUAUUGAAGCCGAGCUCUCGAGUCUCCAAAACGAGAGCCUUAAAGGUUUUGGCAAGACAUGUCGCCUUUAUGAAGAUGCAAUCAACCAGGCGCGUGAGGGUGGCUGGCACUUGGAGAUAUGCGUUGCUUAUGAGCGAGCAGGAGCGUUUUACCUGCGUAACGACAUACAUAAUGUUGCAUUUACGCUUCUUUCAAAGGCAAUCAACUUAUAUAUGGCUCACGGAUCAUAUGGCAAAGCGCGACAACUCAGCUCAAAGUACGCUGAGCUACUUGGAGAUUAUAGCGAUGACAAACGAGAGCAGCACGACACUGGCGUCCAGACGGAUGCUUUCCCAUACCUAAAUACUGAAGCCAGAUGGAACAGCGAUAACGAGGCAUCCGAAAUACCCAUUAAUAACCACUCAUUGAGUGAUCCCUUGGUUGGAACUGGAGCUUUACCACCAAUGUCAAUUGAGGAUAGCUUGGUGAAACUUGAUAUACUGGACAUGGCGUCAAUUUUAAAAUCUUCGCAAGUGAUGUCGUCGGAAAUCGGAUUUGAAGAGUUAUUAAGAUCUAUGAUGAAUAUCAUUUUCGAGAACAGUGGAGCGAAUUGCGUUGCUGUUAUUAUCAAGGACGAAAAUCACGGUGUAUGUGCAUACGGCAAAGAAGGCGCGAUGACCACUUACGACCCCCCACUUUCGCUUUCGGAGAAGGACAAGCUUAUAUCCAAUCGCAUCGUACAUCACACCAUAAAUACUGGCGAAAGUAUCUUCAUCCGGGAUGUGGCACAAGAUUCGCGAUUCUCAGUAGGUCCGUGGUUUAACCGCACAGGAAGUAAAUCAGUUAUCUGUAUCCCUAUUGUGCACAAAAGUGCCAUGGCAGGCUGCCUUUUCAUUGAAGGCCCGGUUGGUAUUUUCACCCAAAGACACAUCACUGUACUGAGCCUACUAUGUCAACAAAUGGGCAUCUCUAUCACGAAUGCAUUCUUGUUCAAAUCUGUGCAGCGUGCUACCAAGGCUAAUAUGAGAAUGAUCGAACUGCAAAAGGAAGCACUGGAAGAAGCCCGCAAAAGUAAAGAAGCAGCCGACAAGGCUACUCGCUUACGUGAAAUCUUUUUGGCUAACAUGAGCCACGAAAUCCGCACACCAUUUUCGGGAUUCUACGGCAUGAUUUCACUGUUAGCAGAUACUAAAUUGGACUCUGAGCAGCAAGAUCUUGUAAAAACCGCCAAAGAGUCUUGCAAGAUGCUACUGCGCAUUAUCGACGAUCUGUUGAACUUCUCGAAACUACAAGCCGGCAAAGUCUCAUUGGAUUUAUCCCCCGUUGUGAUCGACGAGCUGCUGGCAGACGUGAUCGAAAUGCUCAUCGCCAUGGCAAUACAAAAGCGUAUCAACGUCACAUAUACAGUUGCUAGCGACGUCCCAUCGGUUGUGAGGGCUGAUGCAAACCGUCUGAGACAAGUUAUUAUAAAUUUACUUGGAAAUGCUAUCAAGUUUACACACGAAGGUGAAAUUAACAUCCGUUGCUCACUUGCCAAAUCCAACAGAAGACGAAGAGUAUCCGAUGAACAAGUCUCACUGUUAUUUGAAAUCAUUGACACCGGUAUUGGCAUAAGCGAAGAGCAGCGUAAAGUAUUGUUUGUCCCGUUCUCUCAAGUCGAUGGAAGCACCACGCGAAAAUAUGGUGGUACUGGAUUAGGGCUAUCUAUAUGCUUACAGCUUGUCCAGUUGAUGUCUGGUGAAAUUAAUGUCGAAAGCACUCCAGGAAAAGGCAGCAACUUUAACUUUACUGCUCGCGUUUCCCGAAUUCGUGACAAGAGCUUAAAACGCAACGAUGCAAUUGCAAGAUUACUGGACAGCUUACGGAACGCUCGUGUGUUGGUCGCUGGAGCACAUGUUUCGACAAUAAGCAUGAUUAAACAGCUAUUGCCUGGCGUAGCGGUGGACGGUGCUUGCUCUGUUGACGAGCUCGUCUCUCGAGAUAAAUGCAAGUACAAUAUUUUAAUUGUCGGCAUGUUCUUAACAAGCGACUUGCAUUUCAAAGAAUGGUGGUACCAUUUACAAAAAGCCGUCGAUCAAGUACGAUACGUUGUUGUUAUGCAUUAUCCAAGCGGCGUCGUUGGAGAAUUAUUAGGAGAGAUUAUGGAGGGUGGGAGCAGUAUAGGUAUCCCUGUACGUCGAAUGGAUCAACAUGCAAUGGUGCGUAUCGCCGUUCCAGUUCGGCGGCACCGUUUAUUACGGACUAUGGUGGAAAUACUCCAGCAAAGUGCCGAUUUACCACAGCCUACAAAUGCGGUGCUUUCAGCGAGGCACAAAGUCGCUAACGGAACGAGCACCAUAAUAACACCAGAAGAGCAGAGUCUGUUUAGUACUAUGCAUAUUUUGGCGGCCGAAGACAAUCCUGUUGCACAAAAACUUCUAUAUAAACAGCUCACACGACUAGGAUUUCAAGUUGAUUUGGCAAAUAAUGGCUUAGAAGCCAUAGAAGCUUGGCAGAAUCAUCCCCCUGGAUAUUUCUGCGUCAGUUUACUGGACUACCAUAUGCCACAGUGUGACGGAGUAGAAGCAACAAGGAGAAUACGCAAAAUCGAAGCUGAUGAACAGAGGACCACACGCCUCCCUAUUAUCACGUUGACAGCAGACAUCCAGGAUUCCACUCGGCAGACAUGCUUGGCUGUAGGAAUGGAUGGAUUCUUAACAAAACCUGUAAACAUGAAAUUGCUGACGGACACUAUACGCCGUUUUUGCCACAAUAGUAAAAAAUUUGAAAAUCGCCAUGUUUUAUAGAAUGCAAGUAGUAGCCGACAAUAGAAUGAUAGUUACAUGGAUUGUUUAUUGAGCAUACUGUAAUCUUAUAAUAGUAUUAGUACAACACAUAGCAUAUAAUUAUCUGCAUUCUCAUAUACUGUACUUGAUACUACAUAGCCCACCCUGGUAUGUGAAUGUAAAGUGGUGAAGCGAGG